UGAGAAUGAGGCGUUCUCCAUAGUCUCAAAGCAUCAUCGGUAGUGCCAUUCUAGCCUCCUGGCUUCAUGAGGGUUGAUUAGGACGCUUCAGCGCUACGCAGCCAAAUAAAGGCUGAAACGAUAUUCCCUACGAGAUGGUCCGGGACAAAAAGGAUAGGGAUAGCUGGGGGUCCUUUGUGGAUAAGAAUGUAUACGACUGGAGUUCUGAGGAUGAGGAGCCGGAUGGCAGGGCUCGACCGGUGCAGGUGCUGGUGGUGAAGGAUGACCACACGUUCGAGCUGGACGAGGGGGCGCUGAGCCGCAUCCUGCUGGCUGAGGAGCUUAGGGAUAGAGAGGUAGUAGCUAUCUCUGUCGCUGGAGCUUUUCGGAAGGGCAAAUCUUUCCUCAUGGAUUUCAUGCUGCGUUUCAUGUACAACCAGGCAUGUGAAGACUGGGUAGGGGAUCCCGAUGAGCCUCUAACAGGUUUCUCAUGGAGAGGAGGGUCCGAGAGAGAAACCACAGGGAUCCAGAUCUGGAGUGAAGUUUUCCUGGUGGACAAACCAGAUGAAAGCAAGGUGGCAGUGCUGCUGAUGGACACACAGGGAACCUUUGACAGCCAGUCCACUUUGAGAGAUUCAGCUACCGUAUUUGCACUCAGUACAAUGAUCAGCUCCAUGCAGGUGUAUAAUAUAUCUCAGAAUGUUCAAGAGGAUGAUUUGCAACACCUACAGCUCUUUACUGAAUACGGCAGACUAGCCAUGGAGGAAACAUUCCUGAAGCCAUUCCAAUCAAUGAUUUUUCUGGUGAGAGAUUGGAGUUUUCCGUAUGAGUUUCCUUACGGACAAGAAGGAGGGAUGAAGUUCCUGGAGAAAAGGCUAAAGAUAUCUGAGAACCAGCAUGAGGAGCUGCAGAAUGUGAGGAAGCACAUUCACUCCUGUUUCACCAACAUCUCCUGCUUCCUCAUGCCCCACCCUGGCCUCAAGGUUGCCACCAACCCUCAUUUUGAUGGCAGACUCAAAGAGAUUGACCCAGAGUUCAUCAGUAACUUGCAGGUGCUGGUGCCAUGGUUACUCAGUCCUAGAAACCUGGACGUCAAAGAAAUUAAUGGCAACAAAAUUACCUGUCGGGGUCUGCUGGAGUACUUUAAGGCUUAUAUAAAGAUUUACCAAGGCGAAGAGCUCCCCCACCCCAAAUCCAUGUUACAGGCCACUGCAGAGGCGAAUAACCUGGCGGCUGUAGCUGCAGCUAAAGACCUGUACAACAGGAAGAUGGAGGAGGUGAGCGGGGGCGACCGUCCGUUCCUGGCGCCGAGCGAACUGCAGGCUCGCCAUGUGGCGAUCCGCGAAGAGGCCCUGGCUGUGUUCCGCAGCGUGAAGAAGAUGGGCGGCGAGGAGUUCAGCCGCCGAUACCUGCAGCAGCUGGAGGCUGAGGUUGACGAGCUAUUCGUGCAGUACAUCAAGCACAACGACUCCAAGAACAUCUUCCAUGCGGCACGCACACCUGCCACCCUCUUCGUCGUCAUCUUCGUCAUGUAUGUUGCGGCGGGCAUCACAGGCUUCGUGGGUGUGGACGUGAUCGCCAGCGUGUGCAACAUGGUGCUGGGCUUUGCCCUCAUCACGCUUUGCACCUGGGCCUACAUCCGCUACUCCGGAGAGUACCGUGAGCUUGGUGCUGUCAUAGAUCAAGUGGCAGGUGCACUUUGGGACCAGGGAAGCACAAACGAGGCGCUGUACAAGUUGUAUAAUGUGGCUGCCAAUCACAGGCAGCUGUAUAACCACGCUUUCCCAGGACACCAGACUGACCAACAUCCCAAAGAGGACAAGAAGAGAAACUGACCACACACAUGUAUGCACGCGCGCACACACGCCCCCGGCUCAAACGUACACCCACUCUGUAAAACAGAUGCUCUGGACAUAGCAGUUGAGCUUUUUGGAUCAUGCAAGUGACAUUAUGGACAAAGAAAGAGAACGAGAAAGAGCAAGCGAGUGAGAUCAAGAGAAAGAGAAAACAGAAAAAAAAAUCAAUCAUAUUAUUAUUGCACAAGGAACAAAUGACCGGUUCGGUUGCUGUGGCAACAUCUGCAACUAACAGUUUAGGUGGUGAGCCAGGCGGCAAGGAUCUGGCACCCAGGGGUUGUAGACAGCAGGAGCUAGAGUUCCAGGCUCAACUCAGCUGGGCUUUGGAGGACUUUAAUCACCACUCCAGCUAAGCUGACUCAAGUCCUGUGUGAUUGCAUCUAGCCUCAUCCAGUGUCUAGUGUCGCAUUGUCUUAAGUUGUCUAGCACAGAUCCCAAUCUCCAGACGAUUUCAGCUCCCUGCACGCCUGAGCCAGGUGGUCAGCACUCUACAAGCAUUCUUGAUUAGUUAGUUCAGGUACCAGUCAUUCUUGAAUAGUCGCUUCAGGUUUGUUGGGAGAUGAAAUGAUACAUAAAUGUAAAUGCUGGAAUUUCUCAAUUUCUGGAUGGGAAAUUCUGGUCCAAGCAACACCUAGAAUCCCAAUAUUGUUGAAUCCUUGUCUUAGGAAAAGAGGUCAAAGGUGCAGGGGGUAAGGCUUUUUAUGUUAAUCUGCUUUCUAAAUACUGUCUCCACCACUAAUUCCCAUUUAACUCCUUACCUAGUUUUCUCUAAUGUUGGCAGUUCAUUGUAGUACCCAAGUAUGUUAAAAGAUAUUUUGAAAUAUACUAUUAACAUUUUCACUUAAGUCUGGUCUUCUCCAGCUGUCAGUUGUAAGUUUCUGUCUGCAUUAUACAGCUUUAUCACUGUCUGGGAAGGUGAAAGGUAUUCUGUAAACUUGCACUGUAGACAAGAGAACCAUUAUUACAUGAUUAAUGUGACUGCCAACUAAAGUACACUCCUUAGUAAUAUUACCUGAAGCAAGUAUCUAAUAUUUUGCAUGGUCACCAAAGAAAACACCAAUCCCUAAUAAAUCCCUUGGUAUCCACAGUAGCUUUCUUCUAGACAUUGCCAAGAUUCAUCUUUGACUUCUACCUGGUUUAAUCAGGUAUUUUUUCCCCCCCAUAUCAUCAAUAUACACAUUACAAAUCCUAGCCUCUGCACCUUUAACUCAAAUCAGUCAUUGUGCUGGUGAGUGAGCUCGGGAUUAUGUGGGUUCUGUUAACUGAAUGACAUUCUUUAAGUAUAUAGGUGUGCUGAUGACAUAGCAUGGUUAAGUUUAUAGGUGUCCUGGUGACCAAGCAGAGUUUAAAGUCCAGUCUAUAGGUGUUGUAGCUUAUUGUAUACAUAUGCAUUCUGGCUGUAGCCUGAAGGACAGCCAAAAUGUUAAACUAUCAUCACACAUUUCACUUAUUCACAAUGAAUCACCAUAAGCUCACAAUUCUGCUCCUCUUGUGUACAUAUAAUAUUCACACACACACACACACACACACACACACACACACACACACACAGCACUAAAAUAACAGAGCAGACUGUACUGAUGACCAAGGAACACAUUCUUCUGGCUUGGGCAUACUCAUAAUGAUUGUUGUUUUAUUUUGUAAUGAGUGUCUUGUUUUAUGCUGAAUUCAGUGCUAUUUAUAAAGAAUAAAAAUAUUAAGUGUUUAAAACUAAAGUUGCU